AUGAUAGCUCCCGCUCUUCUGUCCAUGUGCGCCGCCGCGCUCAUCGUCUCAGCCUCCGCCGCCCCUAUAGAGAUGAAGACUGCUUUCAACGCCCUGCCCGCCGUUGGUGAGAUGACACUUGCAGUCCUCGGGCCCUCCGAGGUGCCCAAUAUCUUUGGCGAAGGGCUCGGUGGACUUCCAGUGCCCCUGAAGCGGACGCCGACCCCCGAAGACGUGUCCCGCCCCAUCCAAACCCUUCGCACCGACCAUCUCCUCCGCCUCCCCCGCAACGCCAACUUCCGCGAGGCCGACUAUGGCGUGAACCCGGCAGCAGCCUUCCAGACCAUAGUGCCCAUCGAGGCCAUCGAGGCCGUCCCGUCUGCUGCUACCCCCGCCCCGACCAACGCUCCACACUCCCGACGUGGCCAGCCCCCAGCUGACUGGCGCUUCGCCGCCGACAUGCCCGACUCCACUCCUCCCGCUCCCUCCCCGACGGGGCUCCUCGCCGGCGCGAACGGUCUCGGCACGUCGAAGCCGAACAAGCUGGAUGCGAACAACCUCCCUCUCAAGCCCGACAUGUCGCCGCCGUUCCGGGUCGCGGCGAGCGGUCUCCAGGAUUUCGGCGCUGCGAGGUACAACACGUCCAACAUCUUCCACCAGGCCCUCGGGGCGGCUUUCCUCAAGCCUGACGAGACGGCGGCGGCUGCCCCGGCAGCACCUGCGAUGCAAGCGGUCCCUCAGGUCGACAAGGCGGGCUCGACGCUCCCGAACGUUUCCCAGGUCGACAAGUCAGGUUCGACGCUCCCCAAGGUCAACAAAGUGGAUUCCACCGUUCCCAAGGUCGAUAAAGCAGACACCGGCGUCCCCAAGGUCGACAAAGUAGACUCCAACGUCCCCAAGGUCAACAAAGUAGACUCUACCAUCCCCAAGGUCGACAAAGCAGGCUCUGCUUUCCCGACCUUCCCGCAGGUCAACAAGGCGGACUCGGCGAUUCCGAACGCCAAACAGCUUAACAAGGCCGGCUCAGCAGUCCCCGACGUGCAGCAGAAUAUGGGGGCCGUCGCGCCCAACCAUCACCGCCGUCUCCUCGAGCCCACUCGGUACCUCACCAACGCUGGCGCCAGUGCCGCCGCUCUCCAUAACGUCGCGCGGGCGAAGGAACCCGUCCAAGAACUCUCUCAGGCUACGAAGGCGUUCCUGCCCCGCCACAUCUUCGAGCUCAACACGGACGCGCUCCUGCCCCCUGCGCAGAACAACAAUGUGAACCUCUCGGACCCGCUCACGGCGUAUGAGUACGAGCAGAAGAAGCACGUCGGCCUCAUCAACUUGGACAGCAACCGCCCUCCUGUACCCCCGGCCACCCCGUCGCUCGCCGCGCUCAGCCCUGCGACCUCGGACGCUUCGGAGGACGUCGACAGGGUGCAGACUGCGACGCAGAAGGCGGACAAGGCGUCCAUGAAGGCGAAGAAGCUCGCCGGGAACGCGCAGAAGAUCACUGGGAACUCGGAUGUAAUGACUGGGGGCGGCACGGCGACCGGGGGAAAGAAGAGCGUUUCUAGCGCGAGCAAGGCGGUCAAGAAUGCGGCCGUCGUGCCGAACACGAACUCAGCGGUGAAGGGUGCGAGCAAGAUGGUUACCAAGAACAGGAGGCUCGCGCCGGUUCCUAGGUCUUGA